GCCGGCCUAGUAUAAGACAGAAGCCUCCCCUGGGCAAACCUCCGGCUUGCCGGGCGCCUGACCUUAUCGCCUCCUCCGUCCCGAGAUAUUUCCACACCUCCACCACCCGACCCGCCCCAUGGAGUCCGGCCUCGUCGCAAGCCACCGUCUCCGCCUCCGCCUCCCGCUCCCCUCCGCCGCCGCGCACCACCACCACCUCGUACGCCACCCCCUCGCCACACCCGCGCCCCUCCGCCUCAGCCUCCCGCGCCACCUCCCCCGCCCCACCCCGCUCCGCCUCCCGGCCGCGCUCCCGCUCCGCCUCCCGGCCGCGCUCCCGCUCCGCCCCUGCAUCCCUCCCCUCCGCGCCUCUGCCGCCGCCGCCGCGUCUCCGGCGCCGGAUGCGUCGUCCUCAGUUUCCCCCAAGUUCCUGGGCGUGGAGACGCGGACGCUGAAGAAGAUCAUCCCCCUGGGGCUCAUGUUCUUCUGCAUCCUCUUCAACUACACCAUCCUUCGGGACACCAAGGACGUGCUCGUCGUCACCGCCAAGGGCAGCAGCGCCGAGAUCAUCCCCUUCCUCAAGACGUGGGUCAACCUCCCCAUGGCCGUGGGGUUCAUGCUCCUCUACACCAAGCUCGCCGACGUGCUCUCCAAGGAGACGCUCUUCUACGCCGUCAUCUUCCCCUUCAUUGCCUUCUUCGGGGCCUUCGCGUACGUUCUAUACCCCAUGCGCGACGCCAUCCACCCCACCGCGCUCGCCGACCGUCUCCUCGCCGCGCUUGGGCCCAGUUUCCUGGGCCCCGUUGCCAUCCUCCGUGUCUGGAGCUUCUGCCUCUUUUACGUCAUGGCUGAGCUCUGGGGCAGCGUCGUCAUAUCCGUCCUCUUCUGGGGCUUCGCCAAUCAGAUUACUACGGUUGAAGAGGCCAAAGAGUUUUACCCGCUGUUUGGGCUUGGGGCCAAUGUGGCACUCAUCUUCUCUGGCCGCACGGUGAAAUACUUCUCAAACAUGAGGAAGAGUUUGGGUCCUGGGGUGGAUGGAUGGGCAAUUUCGUUGAAGGCCAUGAUGAGCAUAGUGGUUGUACUGGGUUUUGUCAUCGCCGGCAUCUAUUGGGGAGUGAACAAAUUUGUUAUUGAUAGCUCAGCUGUGCCAAGAGUUGAGCGGAAAAAGAAGGAUAAGCCAAAGCUUGGUUUGGGUGAGAGCAUGAAGGUGCUGCUGUCAUCUCGGUAUGUCAGGGAUCUUGCCACAUUGGUCGUUGCUUAUGGAAUAAGUAUUAACCUUGUUGAGGUGACAUGGAAAUCAAAACUGAAGGCACAGUUCCCGAGCCCUAAUGAAUAUUCUUCAUUCAUGGGCGAUUUCUCAACUGCUACUGGUAUAGCUACAUUUACAAUGAUGUUGUUAGGGAGAGUAAUUCUUAGAAAGUUUGGGUGGGGAGUUGCAGCUACGAUCACGCCUGCAGUGUUGCUUCUCACGGGAGUUGGAUUCUUCUCACUGAUUUUGUUUGGUGAACCAUUGACUCCACUUAUGACCAAGUUUGGAAUGACGCCUUUGCUUGCGGCGGUCUAUGUUGGGGCAAUGCAGAACAUUUUCAGUAAGAGUGCAAAAUACAGUUUGUUUGAUCCUUGCAAAGAGAUGGCGUACAUUCCUUUGGAUGAAGAUAUGAAGGUAAAAGGUAAGGCAGCAAUUGAUGUGGUGUGCAACCCCUUGGGGAAGUCUGGAGGCGCUUUGAUCCAACAGUUCAUGAUCCUGUCGUUUGGAUCUCUUGCAAACUCAACGCCCUACCUUGGUGGAAUACUCCUGGUGAUUGUUCUUGCGUGGCUGGGCGCUGUAAGGUCCCUCGACUCGCAGUUCUCUCCCCUGGCAAAGCAAGAGCUUGAGAGAGAAAAGAUGUUGAAAGCAAAGACGGUCGAAACAACCGCCCAAGUUGUUGGGACAGGAAAUGGUCCUCUCCAAGAAACUCUAGCUAGUGAGAACUCUGCAAAUGGCUCGGCCAUCAAACAGUCCCAGGAACUCGAGAUCACCACCCCGGAGAAAUCCGGCCAACAAUCUCAAUAAGUUUUCUUCCCUCAGAAUUUAGUUAGCACAGGUCUUUGGAGGAACCAAAAGCUUCUUAGGCCUGUCAUUGGCUGCUGGAAAAGGCAGCAGAAUGAUAUGAAAAUAAGAAGGCCUAUUCUUCUGUUGUUGUAGCAUAUUUUGUUGUCACAUCGAGAGUUCUUGUAGCUGUUUGUUGUUACAUUCCAUAGAUAUAAACUGUUUAUUGAUUAUUACAAUUUUGGGAAA